UUAACACCCAUGUCCCUCUCACUAGCCUCUUGCUCGCAUAUCUACUUACUGCGAAGUGAAACUACAUUUACUAAGAAGGGCAUUUUGGGAAAAAAAAAGCAUAUGUUUUAAGUUGCAUGUCAUGUAAAUCAACUGUAUGCUCAGAUUUAGAUUUCAAUUUAACUUUGUACUUCAAACCUAGAUAUAAAUAUUCAAAUGUUGACAGGAUAAUAUGUAAACAAAUUUAGUACUGAACUAGGUUUUGUAUGUGAGAGUGUGUGUGUGUGAGCGAGGGAUAGCACAUCAGCACAUGUAGCUCCUCCUCAGUAUCCUUUUGUUCUAUUUUGAUGGAUGGUGAUAAGUCAUCAGCACAUACUCGGUGAUUUUUCACACACAGACAAUUUCCAUAUCAUUCAGUCUCAUAUUCAAGGUGUUUUAGCUCACGGGCAGUAAAAGCAUCUUGUGCACUUCUCAAGUCAGGGCUACACCAACCCAGAGCAAUUCUCUCCUAAACCUGCACUCAUUAUGAGAAGGACUGUAUACAUAAUGGUCCCCAUGAAUGGACUAUUCGGAUUUGUUGAGGGGAAUCAAGACUGCAGUUCAUGUUACCAGUUGGACAUUGGAGUGGCUAUUGGGAUCAUCACUUGUGACAUUAUCCUCACACUCCUCAUUGCUUUCUCAGUCUACUGUUUCAUUUCCCAUCAGAAAAGAAGAGGCAGUUUACAUACACAUGCCAGAUGCUGUGGGUCAGGUAAAGCAAAAACUCACCAGCCAUCUAUGAGGCCAAAGACGAUUGAAGUGGAAUCACCUUAUCAGGAACUUUAUGGAGUCCAAUCAGAUAUAUACAGUGAUCUUCAGCAGUAUCGGAAAUGAGGUGACUGUGUGACAUGUAAUGUUAGUCGUGGGUCUUGUGCAAACCUGAGAAUAUUUGUAGUUUGCAUACGUUUUUAAACUGUGUCACAAAUGUGUAUUUGGCAUUAAUAAGCUACAAUAAUUGAUUUAUACAGAAUUUUUUUUUUUUAAUCCAUGUGAUUGGUCAUGUGGCGCAUAUAUAAAUAUAUUUUCAUAGUUUGUGAAAAGGAAAUGAUUUUCCAAGAAUUUGUAGUUUUUAAUAUCGCUGUAAAAGUUUUUUUCAUCUUUGUCAUUUUUUUUUUUUUCUUUUAAACCUUUGUAAUGGAACUAGAUCAGAAUAUAAUUCCCUUGCUCUUUAUGUAGAAAUAAAUGUUUUGUUUUGAUUGUGUGGCCUUUGAUUAUUUCUUUGUCUACUUUUAUAGACAGCACAGAAAGGUGGACGAAGCCACACUCAAACAUGCACUUUUUUCCCCUUUUUUCUUUUUCUUCAAGUUGCUAAGGAAGUGGGUGCAAUGUAGCAGACCUGUUUAGAAAUCACAUGACAGCAGUGAAUCAGUUAAACAAAACGGAAAGGGUCCAUGUAACGGUUUGCAGUUCUUUAAGACUUUCUAAAUUUUAAGUCCUGAGUUUUAAAUCCUGAUAUUUCUGUGUGCUUAUGGCCAUUUUCAUUAUUGUAGAUUGCAUGAUUGCUCUGUGUAAGUCCAGUGUGAUGAUAAUUAAAAGAGCAAAUGAAACCAAAGGGUGUUUAACUUUUCGCCUGGCACAGAAAGCAAUUUAAUUUAGCUCUUAGUUUAAGUGUGACCACUUCCAACGUCCACAAGAGUGCACUAUUAUCUCAGUGUGUUACAUGUGUUACACGUUCUCUGUAAAUUCAGCCUCGGAUCUAUCAUUCAUGGCUUAUUUCGAAGCUCCUUUCAGUGCAGCUUACAGUAAUAAUGUAUAAUUCAGAUUUGAUGUCUCGUUUGUCUUUUAGUGAGCGUUCUGAGAUACUUGAGAAAAUGUAUUUUAUCACUCAUGCUGGACUAGCAUCCAAGGCUAUUGAAAUUUAAGUGGAUAUUUCAGACAGCAGCUGUCUGACUGUUUAUCAAACAUUGUUUUGUGAAAAUGAUGGUUCUCUACUACAGCAUAAACAACUUAAACCAUGUUCUGACAUAAUUAGACUCGCGUAGCCAGAUUGACUGAAGAACGCUGUGACUAAUGCAACAAACCAAAUUACACAGAGCCAGAACUGUGAAUAUAGCUUUGUGUUGAUUUUCAAGCAGCCUAACAAUUAAUACUAGAUAAUAAAUUGUUGACAACAUCCUGUAGCUCCAACAUGACAGUGCUGAACUGAAAUAGAAAAUUGAUGGUAAAGAAAUACCAUUAUCAGCGAUUUUCGGGACGCAAGAACGCACGAAGCUGCGUACGGUAGCAAGACGCGUCAUUGUUUACGUACAUGCGUAGAGUUGGGCUCAGCUCAGCUGCAUGUGUGUUAAAUCAUUCAGCAGAUUUUGUUUUCCACAUGGCUGGUUUUCUCCCUCAGUUCUGCUGGAUUGCUGAGUGUUCAGAACAGCAUCAAUUGGGGGGUAAAUAGAUUGGUCGAGUGGUGUGACUAUAAUGAAAUCAGUAUUAACAUCAAAAAAACUGAGGAGAUAGUAUUUGGGCCUGCUUCAGACAUUCAUACAACACCUGUUGUCAUACAUGAAGAGAACAUCAAACAAGUUGAAGUAUACAGGUAUCUAGGAGUAUGGAUAGACAACAAAUGAUCAUGGAGAGAUCAUAUAGAUAGUAUCUGCAAAAAAUCAAUGCAAAGAAUCUACUUUCUCCGUAGAUUGAGGUCAUUCGGAGUAAGAAAGCAGAUUCUCUUCUUAUUUUUUAUGUCUGUAAUCAUGAGUGUUUUGCAAUACUGUAACUCAGUUUGGUAUAUGAGUCUAUCUGUUAGUCUAAAAACAAAGCUAAUGAACUUACUAAAAAUGUGCUCCAAAAUAGUGGGUCAGCCACUUCAAAAAGCAUAUGAACUAUCCUACUAUAAUAAUCUUGUAAGAUUAGCCAGUAAUACUGUCUCUGAACCUAACCAUGUGUUGUAUGAUGAAUUUGUGCUGUUGCCAUCUAAUCGACGGUAUAAGGUCCCAAGAUACAGUCGAAUUAAGUUAAAGAAUUCAUUUGUACAUCAUGCUGUAUUAGUGUUGAAUAAAAGUAAA